AUAAAUUAAGAACAAUGCUUGUUACCAUGCCUCUCGCGCUCACCAGUUUCAUUUAUUCACAUUUUGCAGCGUUACCGUAACCAACGAAGACUUAAUAUAUUUAUGCAAUAUCAAAUGCGAACAUGAGAAGACCCUUGAAACACAAUAAUCACGAUCUAUUUGAUUAUUUAUCCGAUGAUAUUGUCAUCUUCAUUCUCACCAAAUUCAGCUCCACUGCCGCUUCUCCUUCUCAAUUUUUCACUAUAUUUUUAAUAUGCAAGAGGUUGAAACGGUUAGGGUUUCAUCCUAUGGUGUUAUCAAAAGCUGGGCCCAAAGUAUUCGCCAUUAAGCCCAAAAAUUGGUCAGAUAGAUCUCACCUUUUUCUCAGACGCUGCGUCACCGACGGUAACGUCGAUGCUUGUUAUACUCUUGGAAUGAUUCGAUUUUAUUGUCUUCAAAACCGAAGGAGCGGGCUAUCACUGAUAGCGAAGGCGGCGACUAAGAUGCACGCGCCAGCGCUUUACUCACUCGCUGUGAUUCAAUUCAACGGUAGCGGGGGUUCUAAACACGACAAAGAUCUACGCGCCGGAGUAGCGCUUUCCGCUCGCGCGUCACUUCUCGGCCACCUCGACGCGCUUCGUGAGUUAGGCCAUUGUCUUCAAGACGGUUACGGCGUCAAACAAAAUAUUUCCCAAGGACGAAAAUUGUUGGUUCAUGCUAAUCUCCGGGAACUCCUACUUAUCCUACGCGCUGUCAUGUUAGCGUCUCCUUCACCUCCCUCCAGUUCCUCUACGCCGUUAACGUUGAGUGGUUUGAACGACUUGUCGGUACCGUUGCUGAGUGACUACGGUUACAACGUGACGGUGCGGGAGAUUCAUCCGGCAAAUUGGUUUUUGAGGGAGUGGUUUGAAUCUGGUCCCGGAAUGUUGAACGAAGGAUUGAGGUUAUGUUCGCAUAUGGGAUGUGGACGGGUGGAGACGCGGCCGCAUGAGUUUCGGCGGUGUUCUGUUUGCAGUAAGGUUAAUUAUUGUUCGCGAGGGUGUCAGUCUUUGGAUUGGAAAUUACGGCAUAAGAGGGAGUGUUCAACUCCGAAUUUGUGGUUUGAUGAUAACGACGGUGAUAUUGCAUUGUGAAUAUGGAAGAUGAUGCAGUGUUUCAAAAUGAGGCCUUGUUUAAGGUCGCAGAAAUGGUAAGAGAGUUAGGAGAUAAUUGAAUGUUUAGUUGUAUGAUUCCUCAAUGUAAAGCUGGUUUGCAAAAUUUGUUUGUCUUGUUUUCCAGUUUAAGAAUUUGCUUUUUUUACAAAAUGAUGAUUACUUGUUAGAUACAAUUAUUAGAUAAGAUGUUUUUCAUUCAAAACAUUAUGUUUUCUCACGACAAAGAGAUUUUAUUUUUUCGGAAAUCAAAACCAACAUCUUUCAAUGGUGGUGGAA